AUGCAACUUCUAGUUUGUCUAUAUAUUCUUAGUCUAUAUUCUAUACAAUUGAAUCAUGCAAAAUUAUCUCAUAAUUGUCGAUUUGUUCGAUCAUUUUAUCAAAUACAUUCAAAUAUAUUUAAACUUGAUAGAAAUCAAACAUCAUUAAUUGUUCAACCAUUAUAUGCAUUAUCAAAUCAAUCAUUUUCAUCACUUUCAAUUGGUAUUAUUUAUCGUCUAGCAGAUACUUAUCUAGUACCUAUACCUCUUAUUUUUGAAUGUUUACAAAGUGAACGUAUUUAUUCACCCAUCGAUUGUGAAUUUACUAUUGUCGAUAUUCGUUCAAAUUUAUCAAUACGAACAAGUGAAUCAACACGUAUAACAACUGUACCACUUCGUUUUCGAGAAUAUUCUUCAUCAACAUUUAUUUCAAUACGUGGUGCUUAUUUUAAACAAUCAAUUAUUUCUUUAAAAAAUUGUCGUUUAGAUACAAAAGAAAAUCUAUUUACAUCAGAAAUAUUUCAUAUUCAUAUUGAAUUUGAACAAAUAAUUAAUUCAACAUGUCAACAAACAUGUAUACAUCCUGAAUUAUAUGAAUGUUCAUCAUUAUCAAAUACAUGUCAAUGUCGUUCAUAUCAAAAUGGUAUAGAAAAAUUUAAACAUUUUUGUAUUGAUACAGAACUUGGUUCGAAUUGUUCAAUAACACCAGAACGUUGUCAUCGUAUAUGUCGUAUAUCUGAUCAAAUUCAUACUGGUAAAAUUGAUCUCAAUUGUCAAUGUCCAUUAGGUACACAACGUAUACUUUUAAAAACUAAUAUGUAUAUUUGUGAAUUAUCUCAAUGUAUUAAUGAAAAAUCAGUAGAAACUUGUCCACAUGGUUAUACAUGUCAACAAAAACGAUGUAUACAAACAUCAAUUUUCGUUCGUUUAAAUGAAUCAAUAUUAUCAUUACCAUUUAUAUUUAUUGGUUUACUUAUUAGUGCUUUAUUAAUUAUAAUUAUACUUAUUAUUGGUAUAAUAAAAAUGCGUUCAGUAAAAUGUGUUAAAUUUGUUCAUCCAUAUGUGUUAUCGAUUCAUUCAAAUAAUUCGUCACCAAUAAUAAAUACACGUUUAUCAUCAUUAAAAUCAACGAAUAAAUUCUAUGAACAAUAUAUGAAAAUUAAUUCUUUUGAUUUAUGA